CGCCCACAUUUAUCCAUUGCUGUCUGCGCGGGACUCUGCCGCCUUACAAAAGGAGUAAAACCCAAUAAUACUCUUCACUCUUGGUCAUCGUUUCUCAGUUGAGUUUCAAAAUUCAGAACCAACAAACAAUAACAUGGCUUCCUCAAUUUCCUUAACAUCCACUCCCCCUUCCACCUCCCCUUCUUACCACCAUAAAAACCCAUUCCCUUCAUUUCCAGUCUCAAUCCGUAUCUCAAGCAACAGCUCUGCCUCUGCACUACUCCCUCUCUGCUUUGCUGCUAAGUCCCAGACGGGUGGACCCGUCAAGAAACGGUCGUCCUCAGUGGCAGGGAAUAAGAAGAGGAGGAAGGGGAGAAGCGGGGAUGAUGAUAAUUUGAAGGAGCUGAGUUUGAGGGAUGUUGAGAUUGUGGAAGAAAAUGUUGAUGAUGAUGAAGGGUCAUCUUCUUCUUCUUCUUCUACUACUGCUACGCAUGCUUUAGCUUAUCAUCCUCCACCGCUGCCCAAACCGCCUGCUGGGUUCGUGGUUGAUGAUACUGGCAGGGUUCUCAUGGCCUCAAACAAGAGAAUUGCCACUAUGGUUGAUUCUGCCAACAACAAUCCAUUAGAGUGUGUUAUAAGGAGGGUAUUCGAAAGUUCUCGGGGGGAUGAAUGUAUGCUGCUCUGCCCAGUUGACACGCCUGUUCAGAUAUUAAAGAGCACAAAUAUUGAUGGAUGGUCAGCUGUCAGUGAUGAAGAAGUUGAAGCUAUUCUUCCUACAGCUGCAUAUGCUCUUGCAAAAAUACAUAUGCAUCUGGUCCAUAGUGGAUUCUGUUACACAGCUCGGGGAGGAUUUUGCUACUCAGAAGAUGACAUCUUUGAUUUCCGCUCAGAUGAUGGUCAAGAUAUAGAUGGCCUGCCAACUGAAGGCAUAGAAAUUACGUGCUUCCAUCUGGAUGGUUCACAUUACAUGAUUUAUACACCCUCUGAUCCACUUCUAUUCGUUGCUGUCAAGGAUCAGAAUGGAAUGCUGCAAAUUGCUGAUGACGAUCUCCUGGAGGACCCUGCUAUCAUGAGUGCCAUUGAUGAAGAAACUGAGUUCAACGCCUUGGUGGAAGAAGAAGCUGCACUUCUUGAAUCAUUGCUAGGUGAAAGAUGAGCAGGUCGCUCACAUCAACUUUUAUAAGUUGCCCAAACUGUGCUUCUUUGGAAGUGGCCCAUGAAUUGUAACUUACUAUGCCUACCCUUAAAAAAUUCCACCCACUCAUUUUCCAAGAAAAUUGGAAGUGAGAGGGGAGUAACAAGAUUGAGAAAGUGUAAAUGAUAAAUUUUGUCUAAAUUCCGAUGAUGUAUAAUUCAAUAGUGAAUUAAGAAGGUGAUCUUCCAUUUAGUACAAUCAAGGAUCCCAACCUGUCAUUUUGAUACAAUUAAAGGCAUAUCUACAACUGUGUGAUA